GUGGUUUAGCCCCUGCCCAAGGUUGACAUGUAGCCCGCUGAGCGGAUUAUCGAAUACGGCGCAGCGACGGUCAGCAGAUGCUUUAUGGCCAGAUGAAAUCCUUCUUGUCGUUGUAAAUAUAGCUUUUCUCCGAAUCGGCGUUUGCCUCCCUGCUACUACUUUUCUGGAGGGAGAGCAGAAGGAAGGAAGGGAAAUUUUAGUUAAUGAUAUAAUGAUGAUAAUGGAGUUGCGCGAGAUUUGCGGGGCUGGAGUUCUCGCUUUGAGUUGCUGCUGAUGUCCAUCCACGUUGCGUGCGAGGAGUUGCGAGAGGCAGCUCCUCCUCUAACAUCUGUGGCGGCGGAGGGGCGAUUGACAUUGCCGGGUCGGCCAUCCGUCUCUUUCCCGAUUUUGUGGGAGAGUGAGAGUAUGGGUUGCAUGCUUCUCCUUCCUCACUUGCAUUGGCCAUCGUUAACCAUUUCGAUUGGCCAGAAGAUGCGUCGACCAGAUAACCCCUGCUGAUAUUCUUGUCGACUUGUGUGCACAGGACUUCUUCACGCUUUUGACGGAGACUGUCAUUGUGACGAUGACAGUUCCUCUUUGCGCCUCUCGCUUUGUCCGGACGUUCACGUUGUGGCAAGCGGGUUCGACUAGUCGCAGUCGUUAGCCAGACAGUGUGAAGACUCCCUCCCAUCGAACACGACGUGGGGGACUUAUGAUUCACGUCUGAACACUCGGCGAUAGGCGCAAGGACAACUCCCAUCACAUUCACAAGGUGUAUAUAGAUAGUGUAGGCAAGGGACGUAAAGAAGAUUUAGGACCAGUCUACCGCGGCGGUGGCACUUGUUGUGCUUCUAGUCCGUGCUUCUUGUCGAGCUUGUGAGGUCUGUGGCAGCUGGAGUAAAAAGUCAAGACCGGCACCGACACACACAUUGCAGGGUACCAAGAUUGUCUGUCCAAGGAAGUCGACCUGGCGUGACCCUUUUUUUCUCCGUUUUUUUUCUCUAUUGCUUCAGCACUUCUUGUCGAGCUUCUGCUGAGGUCCUGUGACAUCUGCAAGGCGUGACUUCCUCAGCAACCAAGUUUGUGUAUUUGAGGACGACGAUUUGGAUUGAACUUGUUUCCUGUUUGCCAUAUCGUUUCGCCCGCUGCAGACAGAGUGCGCUUGUGCCUGACUGUCAAGAUGGCAACCCUCCGGCAUCUGCUGAGCGGGCUCUCGUUUGCCGGUACGGCCGCCGGGGGGGCAGUUCUGUGUGGACAGCCGACAGUUGCGCUCGCUGAGAGGGAUGAUAAAAAAGAUAAGCAGAAGGAUGAUGAAUCCAAGGGUGGAGGAGGGGGGGAUAGGAGGAAGGACACAGCAGUUGGAUUUGAUCCGGAGGCCCUCGAGCGUGGUGCGAAGGCUCUGAGGGAGAUGAAUGCUUCACCGCACUCGAAGAAAGUGUUCGAGUUGAUGCGCAAGCAGGAAGACACGCGUCAGACAGAGGAGAAAGCGAAGAUCGCAGAGUUUCAAGCCCUCCAGGCUCAGCGGGAGAUAGAGAAACAGAAGGUCUUGUAUGAGGAGCAGCGCAAGACCAUGCAGCAACAGGCGCAGACAAAGGCACAACUGGCGAGGUACGAGGACGAACUUGCGCGGAAGCGAAUGCAGGCGGAUCAUGAAGCUCAGCGAGCUCGGAAUGCUGAGUUGGUGAAGAUGCAAGAGGAAUCGGCGCAAAAGCAAGAGGCUAUUCGUCGAAUGACGGAGGAACAGAUCCAGCAGCAACGACGUGCCACGGAGAGGGAAAAGGCCGAGCUGGAACGGGAGACCCUGCGAAUGAAGGCAAUGGCUGAUGCAGAAGCACGUGCCCAUGAGGCGAGGCUCAGCGAGGACAUUAAUCGGAGGCGGCUUAUCGAAAAAGCGAAUUUGGAAAAAGACAAAUGGAUAGCCGCCAUCAAUACGACCUUCAGUCAUAUUGGUGGAGGUGUGAAGGACCUGUUGACCGACCGCGAUAAAUUGGUUGUGACCGUUGCUGGGGGAACGGCGCUUGCGGCAGGCAUCUACACAACCAGAGAAGGUGCAAGGGUGGUCUGGGGCUAUAUUGAGCGCAUCCUCGGGCAACCAAGCUUGAUAAGGGAGUCAUCUAGGGGUAAGUUUCCGUGGUCAGGGUUAAAGCGGGCAAAGUCCGGCACCAGUUCGCUCAUGACGGAGGCAGCAACAUCAACGGAGAGCUCGUCAACUGCGACUACGAAUCCCGCGAAUGGGGUCUUGAAGACCGAGGAUGCGUUUGGGGAAGUCAUCCUUCAUCCUGCUCUGUUAAAGCGAGUGAAGCAGUUGGCAGUAGCGACAGCCAAUACCCGACGACACAGUGCGCCCUUCAGGAACAUCCUGUUCUAUGGGCCGCCGGGAACCGGCAAAACCAUGGCGGCAAAGCACCUCGCAACGACCUCUGGAUUGGAGUAUGCGAUGAUGACAGGUGGAGACGUGGCACCACUUGGACCUGCAGCUGUGACGAAGAUUCAUGACCUGUUUGAUUGGGCGAACAAAACACGAAAGGGGCUUCUGCUGUUCAUCGACGAGGCCGACGCCUUCCUGUGCGAGCGCAACAAUACUCGAAUGAGCGAGGCGCAGCGGAGUGCUUUGAAUGCCUUGUUAUAUCGAACCGGUGACCAGUCGAGGGAUAUCGUACUGGUAUUGGCAACUAACAGGCCUGAAGACUUGGACACGGCAAUCGCUGAUCGUAUGGACGAAGCCCUAGAGUUUCCACUCCCUGGGUGGGAAGAAAGGGAGAAGUUGAUACGACUGUAUUUGACUAAGUAUGUUUUGAAUGCACCUAGUGGUAGGAUGAGCGGCGGCAAAAUUCGGUCGCUGCUGUGGGGUGCUACACAGAAUAAGAUUGAGGUUAAGGGGAUAACCCCAGAGGUGAUUAGGGAAGCGGCCGAGAAAACGGAGGGGUUUUCAGGCCGAAUGCUGGCGAAGAUGAUGGCGAGUGUGCAGGGCGCAGUGUAUGGGAGCUUGAGCAGCGUUCUUGAUGCUCAUCUCUUCCGCGAGGUGGUCGACUACAAGGUUGCCGAAUUUAAACAGAGGCGGCAAUUGGCUCAGCAUUGAGAAGGGGUGGGUGCAAGUCUCGCUCGGAGUCUUUGCAUUCAUGAGAAGUUUUGGUGUUGGCUUGCGUUGAUUGUGUUGAGGUAGAGGAGUGCAGGGUAGUAAGGCACUGGCUUGUGUAAACGAGGAGAAGCAAAGGGAAGGGGCCUGGCAAGUCGAAAAUCACAAAGUGUAGCAGGAAGGAAAGGGAUGGUAUAUGACAGUUUGGAUGCGUUUUGGGAAGUGGAUGGAAGGAAGAAGGAACAUGCGAGAUUGAUAGUCAACUAAGUAUUAGAAUUGCAAUU